CAUUCAUAGCAGUCCUUCAUCCCUGUUUGACAUCAUUUUCUGAUCGGCAAAUUCAUAAUUUUUAUACUCAGUUUUCUGAAGAAUAACCUGCCUUAAAACUAUUAUCAUCAAGGCUGGAGAUGAACUUGUUUGACAUAGUAUUGGCGGUGAAUUGGCCAGCUGCCUUCUACCUGGCGUCUGCUGGGAUAGUGGUCGUGUUGGAGCCUAUAGCCUCCUCUUCUGUACCAUGGCUCCCGAGCAUCUUGCAAAAAUCUGUCCAAACAUUCCUUGGGUUUGGUAAAACUCUACCUGUUAAGAAGCAUGGCAACUCCUGGUGGAUCAGAUUCAUGACUGUUCCAAAAAGUUGGUUUGGUCAUUUCUACGUGGUUUCGAGUAGCGUGGGCUUGCUGAGCUGCUUCCUGCUAUACAUUGUUUACGGUCGAGGCGUCGCGCCACCGAGCUGGGUGUUCUCGAGCCUCGAUCUCCUGACCUCUCCGCGCAGGCAGCCAAGUGAUUCGAGCCUGUUGAGCGUGACAAGCGUGGUGCUUUUGACCGUUCAAUGCUGUGCCCGCUUCUACGAGUGCUACUUCGUGAGCGUGUUCAGCAGCUCAGCGGUGAUGAAUGUGUUGCAGUACGCCGUGGGCUUCUUGCACUACAUCUCCGCCUUCACGCUUCUCCUCUCACACACUCCUGCCCUCGUAUCGGGAGGCAGCACCAGCCUGGUGUAUACGACAGAGGAGGUCGCAUUUUGCAUCGCUUGCUCAUUUUACUUCGGUUUAGCCUUCGCAGUGCAACGCGACAGCAUCGCCCGACUUGCUCGAUUACGUAAAGAAGCAAAGCUUGUUCAGGGACGAGCAGGAUCUUACGUCUUGCCCGUGGGAGGAGCCUUCGAGUACGUGUCGUGUCCACACAUGUCCGCUGAGGUGAUCAUGUACACGGCGCUCUUCGCCCUGCACCGUAAUGCUGCCACGGCCAUCAUGUGGCUCUUCGUUUUCUCUAAUCAGGUUCACGUGGCACUUUCGAAUCAUCGAUGGUACCGCAGCAUUUUUGCCGACUACCCCUUAAGCAGGAGAGCCAUCUGUCCUGGACUGUUGUAAUGCAAGAAUAGGUGGAACCUGUUGGAAUUUGCAAUUUUAAAUACAUAUUAUAUUAAUGAUCCGUAUUGAUCCGAAGCUGUAGAUGAAAUCUGGGAAGACAGAGUAUUCAAGUAAAUAAAUGAGUGAGAACCGUAAUUGUACAUAUCAAUCAAUAUACCAACGUUUGAAAGAAUAUAAAUUUUUUUUCAAACGAACGUUUUAAAAUGGAGUAGGCAGAUCAUAUUAUAACUUUAUAUUAUCGAAAACUACUAUCUUAUUUCCCUGAAGUCCUGAGGGUGGUAGUUCAUGUAUACAUUUAUAUGUGCUAUGUUAUAACUUUGUCAAAAAAUAUCUCAAGUAGCCAGAAUUUCAUGCUUCAUUGUGUGAAGUUAUCGUAAAUAGCAAGCUUUACAAGAUCCGUGCCUCAUAUUCCACUUGGCUUGUUGAGCUGUCAUAAUUCUAAUAUAAAUAUUCACAUUUUCAUUCCAAACUAUAAACGAUGAUCAAGCAUAAGAACUGUUCGUAUCUACGUUGGUUUAAAUAUUCAUUAUACUCAUGAUGUUCUUCGCCACAGGUGGCAUUCACCAAAUAUUACCUUUUCCGCUAUAAAAGUUGCUAAGUUACUCGGUCGCAAGUGGGAACAAUGUGCUUCUUCGGUCCUUCAGUCAUGCACACAAGCCUGAUCACUUCGGUCUCCUUCUUCUCAACUACGUGCUUUAAUGGCGGCGGUGCCCUGAUUUUCUUGCCACAAUAUCCGUCUUUGCGCUGCCACAAUCCUGAUCGAGGGUAUUUCCGUAACCACCUAAAUCUUGUCCCCGAGCCGAUAUGUAUCUUGUCGUGGUUAGGAUUCGAUAUUUGUCCUGGGAGAAAUUAACCGACAAAAAAGUAGGUAAUUGUAACAUAUUUUCCCGUUAUUCUAGAUGGAUAAACUUGUGCAAUAACCUCAAAAAAUAUUACAACUCUCUGGGAUAUUUAUUUGUUUGCAUUUUAUUAUUUUUUAUAGUCGUAAGUAAACCAUGAAAUUCUUGUAA